CAAAUCAAGCAGGAUUUGAUUCAUUUAAAUGAGUGCAACAGAAACGCACUAACUUUUACAAUCAAGUGAUAACAACUUCAAACAGGAUCAAGGAUAGAAGUGUAGCUAAUUAGGAUCGAGCUGCUUUACAGGCAUUUUUAGUCGCUAAGAUUCUUGUAUUGUUAAUGGUUAACCUCAAUUAACAACUGGGAAAUACUGGCGAAGUUUACUGUCUGUCUGGUCGCGUCUUUCUAUCGCAUGACGAAAUAUUUUUAAUACAGCAUGGCACUUAAAGGAAUAGAUUGAAACCGUUUCAACAGGCAGUCUGGAAGGCAGCCGCCUGGGUCCUAUUUGAUAGUAAGCUAGUGCUUUGCAGAGAACACACUAGAAAUGUAUUGGUUAAUGUUUACAAGCAGAAGCAUCGCUCCGGGCGUGAACUCUGCAUUCCUAAAACAUUUCAACACAGCCUCGGCCACGCAGUCGUCUAAAAUGGCUUCAGAUUCCCAUUGGCUUUCUCCUGCUGAAAGAGAGCAGUUUCUUCUGGAACUCAAAGCCACGGGCUGGGCGGAGGUAGAAGACAGAGAUGCCCUUUACAAGGAGCUGAGCUUUAAGAGCUUCAACCAGGCUUUUGGAUUCAUGACCCGGGUGGCUUUACAGGCUGAGAAACUGAACCACCAUCCCGAGUGGUUUAAUGUGUACAACAAGGUUCAGAUAACACUGAUAACACAUGACUGUGGUGGACUGUCAAAAAGAGAUGUGAAACUGGCUCAGUUCAUUGACAAAGUGGCUCUGACCAUGUAACCUGCAGUGUGUGGAUGGCUGUGCAAUGCUGCCACUUGGAGUCUGGUAUUACUGGACCUACUCCCUCAGGACAAUGGAUACACGUUUAUAGCGACUAGAAAGUUUCAGGACGGCUCCUCUUCAAGAAGCAGUAAAGCAGCAGCCCCUCCUUUGAUCCAGAGGCACGCCUGUGCACAUGCUGUGCUGAACACUGCACACUGAAUGAGACGAUCCUGGGGCUUUCAGAGGGGCGCUGUGGGGAGGUGAUGCUUCUCGCUUACUGCUAUUCAGGGCUGGAAACUAUCAUUUGUAAUGCUAAAUAUACAAAAUAAAAAAAGUUUUUUGGACACAA